AUGCCGGCAAGUAGCAGCACCUUUUCAGCAGCAGACUUCAAGGAUUUGAAAGAUAAUUUUUUGAGCAAUCCCUCAGAAGAAAACUGUGUUCAUGUGAUAAAGAGUUUGUUUUAUGUGGCUACCGAAGAUCCUGAAAAUGAUAUAUGGCUGGAUUGCAAGGAUGUCAUCGUCUCAGUUCUCACACCUAAAAAUCUAACGUACAUCUUGCAAUCUCAACAAGCCCUCAUUCUCCAAGCAUUAAGCUUAUCUAGUAAUGUAACCGCUCUGCUGGCAGAGCUACUCGAACGAAAUAGUUCCGUCAUUGGUGAAUUAUCUACUCCAGUUGCUGUAGCGAUUCUUCAGAAAAUGGAAGAUUCAGACUCAUUCGAAUCGAUCGCAAAAGUGAUAUCUCGUCUUUGCUACAAGAAAGAAAUCGCAGAUGAGUUGAUUUUCCGUGUGAACAAGUAUACUAGCAGUGAAGCAAGAUUUAGACUAUAUCAAGUGUUAUUGUUCUCAAUUCAGUUCGAUACUUUUAACGAACGAUUGUUACCACUGUUCGAGAGACUGAAAAAAGAACUGUCAGGUGAUGUAUUGGUACAAUUGGCAGCUUUAGAUUUACUCUCUGACAUUGCAAUUGCAAGCAAUACUGGUGCUUCAUUAUUGACCGAAAGCAAAGUUCCCCAACAGGUUUAUGAAGUUCUGACAUCCAGCCGGGACUCUCCUGAUGGGGGUUUCCUGUUCACAGCAACAAUUAAAUUCUUUGGAUGUCUCGGAAAAUGCUACCCCGCUGUCUUGACUGAGUUUCCUGAUUUUGUCCGAUUGCUUUUCCACCAGAUUUCCAAUUAUGAUGUAUUAGAUGCUAGUCAGCGUGUGCUUGUAGUAGAAACGUUUGCGUAUGUAGCGUAUUCCACUGACAGCAAGCUCAUUCUUCAAAGUGUCUAUAAUGACCAAUUAGACGUGGUGUUCAAUUCAUUGGGAACUGCCCUUAAGAGUGGCCCAAUAGAGCUUCGCGCAAAAAUUGUUGAUGCCAUCGAGAUAUUGUUCCGACACGAUGUCGAUGACAUUCUCUCAAUCUGGUUCAAGAGCAUUACUGAAUUGGGAACAGCCAUCAGUAAAUUCUCUCUUAUGCCAUUCAGGGAGAUAAGACUUGCGACAUUAUGCUUGCUUCGUACCCUCAGUACUUUAAGUGGUCCCAUCGAGUACUUGUUGCGCAAGGAGAACGAAGAGUUCGUGGAUUGGCUCUGCGAUGCUACAGUAGAAACAGAAUGGGAGUUGCAAGUAGUGAAACGUGAAUGUAUCCAGACCAUUUUGAACCAAGAUUACAAGUUCAUCGAUGAUUCACUCCGAGCAAAAUUGAGAAGUUACUUCGUGCGAUCGGCUGCGGCUCCUGAAGUAGCAACUAUGGGACAAUAG